UUUGUUCUCCUCCGCUAGAACCAAAAGCUCCAUUCAAAAGAGCUGAGAAACAAGGUUAAGCUCAAACUCAAACUCAAGGGGGAAAAGCUCAAGCUCAAACUCAAGGAAAAAGCUCCAUAGAAUUAAACACCUUCGUCGGCUUUGGAUUGAACGAGAGAUUGCGAGACAAAAUCAUCAAAGUACCUGAUAGCGCAGUCUCGCAAUGUCCUUCCACGGAGAAUCAAGGUCGCCGUCCACCCCAUCGCUGGUUGGCAGCAGCUCGGGCAUGCUCAUGAACGGGUCGGCUGCAAACACUCCGAUCGCUGCUGCGACGGGCGGUGGCGCAGCCAACUUUAAUGCGACCGUUCUGGGGAAUGGGAUGAACUCCAUCUCGUCCAACGGCAGCGGCGGGGCCGUGAGCAGCCCAUCGCACUACAGCACGAGCACAGUGGAUUCCGUGGAUGCGUACCAGCAACAGCAGCAGCUGCAGCUGCACCAGCAGCAACUCAUGCACCAGUACCAGCAGCACCAGCAACAGCAAAUGCUGCACCAAAAGCAGCAGCUCUUGCAGCAGCAGACGCCAUCACGCCCGUCGCACUCGCGAACAUCUUCGUUCACCCCAUCUAUCGCCUCGAGCCAAGGCAUCAUGUCACUCACCAUUGCGCCGUCUCCCGCGCAGCACGGCCAGGCGACCGUUCACGGCCAGCUCACUCCUCAAUCACUCAGCCACAGCACGCAUCACUAUUCCCAGGGCCCCGCCAACGGCGCAGCAGGCAGUAUGGGCGCAGGCUCCAUGCUGUUGAGCACGCCCAACGGCAACGGCAACAACAGCUACGGCAACAACACCAAUAGCUUGAUGCUUGCGCUGGCCACGCCGACGAUCAAUGGUAUGAUGUCGCCGCAACUCACCGCGUCGGCAUCGGGCAGCACGAACGGUGAGCUGCUCGUCGACGACGCUGGUCCGAGCGGCAGUCUCACCGUCUACACGACGCCUCCGAGCGAAAAGCUGUACUGCGGCAUGUGUGGCAAGAUUUUCACCGAUCCAGUGAUUGCGCAGUGCGGACACACAUUCUGUCGGCACUGCGUCGAGCACGCGCCUGCGGGUCGCGGCUGCCCCACCCACAAGAUGCAGCUGAGCAAGUCGGUGCUGCUUCCCAACCUCACUGUUUCUGAACAAAUUGGUGACUUGCUCAUCUACUGUCGGUACCGGCUCAAGCGCCUGGCCCACUCUGUCAACUUUGGACUGCAAUCGGUGAAUGGUGACACGAGCAGCGCCGAUGCCAUUUCCAUUGCGAGUACCACCAAUGGCGACCCGGCUGGCGCAACCUACGAACUGGACGAUGCUGGCUGUCCGCUGACCGUCAAGCUGUCGCAACGCCACGAUCAUGAAUCCACCUGCGACUAUGCGCCCACCCGGUGUCCCAACAGCACCCAAUGUCCCAUCGUUCUCAAGCGCGACCUCGAGACCCAUCUGCAAAUCUGCGAGCACACUCCCUGUGCCCAUCGUGCACGCGGAUGCCCGUUCAAAGGAGCAGCCGCCCAAGUCAAGUUGCAUCUUGCGUCGUGUCGCUACGAGUCAAUCAAAGAGCUCCUCAAAACGUCCGAGGACCAAAUACUCACCUUGACGCAAGCGCUGCACAAUCGUGAAGAAGAGCUGUCGUUCAUGCGCACCAUGCUCGCCAAAGUGUCCGAGAAGAUGGAGCAGCUGUCCAUCACCGUCGAGCGACGAUUGGAUUUGGUUGACAAAAACAUGCUCAAGGUCGCUGGAGAAUCCGCCGACAUGCUGCGCCAGCUGAAUGAUGUGAAAGGCGAGGUGCUUGCCCGGAUGGGCGUGGUCGACGAGAUUGAGUUCAUCACCACAAACACAUUCAAGUGCAAGGGCACCUUUGUCGGCCACCAAGGGCCCGUGUGGGCAUUGGUUGUGUACAAGGACCUGCUUUUCAGCGGCUCGUCGGAUGAAACGAUCAAAGUGUGGUCCGCCACCGAGUUUAAGUGCAAAAACACGCUCACUGGAGACAAGGCACACAAGGGCAUUGUGCAUGCGCUUUGCAUUCACGCGCACAAGCUCUACAGCGGCUCGUCCGACUCCACAAUCAAGGUUUGGGAUUUGGACACCCUCGAAUUGCUCGACAGUCUCGACGGUCAUGACAGUCCCGUGUGUACGCUUGCAAUUGCCAACGACAUGCUCUUUAGCGGCUCGCACAAAGUUAUCAAGGUCUGGGAUCUCGGCACACACAAGCACAUGAAAGACUUGACGGGCUUGAAUCAUUGGGCUCGCGCUCUGGUCGCAACGGAAACGUACUUGUACAGCGGUUCCUACAAGACGAUUUUUAUCCAUUCUCUGGAAACCCUGGAAUGCGUCCGUGUGCUCAAUACUCACGGCGGAUCGGUGUACUCGCUUGCCGUCACCGACCGUCACAUUAUCUGCGGUACUUAUGAGAACAGCAUUCACGUGUGGGACGUGAACAACUACUCGGACGUUGCCGUCUUGAGUGGGCAUUUGGGAGCAGUGUAUGCACUUGCGGUUCUGUCAACGCGCAACUCUGCCCGGCUGUUCUCGGGCUCGUACGACAAUACCAUUCGCGUUUGGAACCUCGAGAACUUCCAAUGUGUCCAAACGCUAAUUCGUCAUGGCAGCAGUGUCGACACGCUUGCUGCAUCCAAGGGACGCGUGUUUUCUGGCGCGGCCGACAACACAAUUAAGGUUUGGCAAUAAGAGCGAAUGCUUGCUGGCGACCGAAUUGCGCUUGUGGAAUACUAGGCCGAGUUGUUUUGUUGAUCAAAAGGCUCUUGUACAUUGAAUAUACAGUAUUUGCAUUUGGA